CCUAAAUAUGCAGUUUUCAGUGACUUUUUUCAGUAGUUAUUCUGCUUUUAAGAGAAAUCCCACAUGUGAUGUCAUCUCCGUUAGGUGUUUAAUAUGGCGGCGCGAAUCGUCCGUAAAUCACGUGACCAUUCAGCUAUUGUAAGCGCAAUAUCCAGAUUGUUUGUAUAUAGAGUAUUGUAAAUACUGUAUAGAAUGAAGAAUACAGGUGGCUCCGGCCGGAGCAAGUCCGCUAAGGACAAGGGAAGCGGUAAAUCCGCACAGACACACAUACAAAACACAGCCAAGUCGGAGGGACCUCCGAUGAAAACAAUGCAGCCGACUGCAGAACAGCUUGCUUUGAACAAUUUGAUCCACAGUAAAGAUUCUACAGCUGAAGAUGCAGAUCUAAAAGAUAAAAUCAAACAGAUAAUGGAUUUGACUUUCUGUUCACAAGAGAAGGCAGAGAUAGCUCUGUAUGACAGUAAGAAUGACAUGGAUAAAGCUGUCAACCAAGUGUUAGAGGGAGGCUCUGAUGAGAGUGAGUGGCGAGAGUCUGGCAAGAAGAAAAAGAAACAAAAGCCAGAGCCCACCCCAGCACCCACAGAAAAUCACAAUGACACCAAACCCGACAGACGAGAUAAUAGAGACAGAAAUGAACGAGAUAAUCGUGACAGAAACAAAGAGGAGAAGGAAAAUGGCGAGCGUAAUUUUCGUGAACAGUCGGACAAUUAUCGGCAGCGUGCCCGUCGUAAUGACAACAGACCUCCAAGGUUAUCACGGGGUCGUGGCAGACCGGACAGAGCUGGAGACAGACCAGAACGUGGUGAAGAGGAGAAUGAAAAGGAUGAUAAUCGUGACAGGGGAUUUGAUCGUGGCAGGGGUCGUGGACGAGGGUUUGGUCCACGGCGUGGAAGAGGUGGUGGCAGUGGAGGAGGGGGUGGAGGGACUUUCCGACCAAAUAGAGGUUUUGAAAAUAAGAAUUCCCAGUUUGACAAUGGUCCACAGAUAGAUACAUGGACUAAUGAAACAGCUGUGAUAGGCGAGAAAGAACCAAAAAUAUCUAACUGGGGUGAUUCAAAAGAAGACUGGAAUGAGGAUAUAGAUAGCUGGACUGGAAGUUUGGCAGAAACAAAAGUUUUUACAGCCAGUGGCUCAUCAGCACCAGAACCAACAAAUCCAGUACCGAUAGAGUCAAAUGCACUCUCCAACACGUUCGAUCUCGGAGGAUUAUACCCAAAACAUCUACAAAAUGACAUGAGUGCCGAGGCAAGCUAUAUCAGUCAGUUUAACCAGCAGGCGACGGAGUCAAUCAAGAAUUCUAUAGGGGUAAAAAAAAUAUGUUGUCUUACUGUGAUAUUUGAGCCGC